AUGACUAACGUACGUAUAAUUUCAGUGAACGACACAUUCAUAGGAAUGGGACGAGAAGUUGAAAAUCUUAUCAAGGAAAAUAUGGAACUUCUUGAUAUGAAGAAUGCUCUUAACAUUGUUAAAAAUGAUCUUAUUGCAAGAGUUGAUGAGUUGAGCAGUUUCUCGGGCCUGUUUGGCGACUCAUCGCCACCAACUCAGCCCCGUCGAGCAGGAUUACGUGCAGACGGACGUGGAAGGAGUCAGAUGACCCGAAGUGUGGAGUAUCUCGACCCGGAAAUGUCAGUAGCACAUUAG